AAGUAGAUAGACAGUAUUCAUUGAAAAUCUAUUCUGUUUGGCUCUUAGAGCAUAUGUAUGUAGAUGUGUAGAAGAAUGCUUGUUUCCAAAUUCCUGAUGAGAAUGGCCUGACGAUAUCCGAUGGUGGUGGUGAGGGUGGAUAGAUAUCUUUAAUCUGCGAAGAUCUGGUUGUUAAGUAGUUGAUGAGAAUUUACGUUAUCGGGCUGGAUGGGGUUCAGGUUGGAAUAUUUUAAGUUGAGCCAGCUGGGGAAAAAGAGAAGAAGAGAAAUUCAAGCCAGAACCACGACAGUAAAAAGGGGAGGAUGUCUUCCUCGAUAGCAAAACUUCACAUCCGACCACUGCCUCAUCAGACACUCAUCUCAGGAUAUCCAUCCAUCCCAACUACAACAACCAGCACCAGGAACAGACCAGCAGCAGAGAUACAGGGGAUCGUCGAACUGAGACCAUCAAACCAGCAGAUCCAAGGAGCCUACCUGACCAUCGAACUCAUCCUCAUCCAAAGCAGGACCAGCAACCCAAAGAACACCAUCAAGACCACCAUCCACUCAAAACCAACCAUACUCUGGACGGCCAGCCCAAACGACCCCCACCUAGUACUCCCACCAUCAUCAUCAUCAAAAAAACUCAGCAAACAACAGACCAAACAACCUGACAACAACCUAGCAGCCUCAAUCAACUCAGCAAGGUCAACAGCAAACAACACCGAGAUCUCAUGGGCAACACUCUCAUCAUCCGACUUCAAAUUCACCAUCCCCCUCCCUGACUCACUACCACCCUCAAUUAUCAUCGACUCAAAAACACGCUCCGGAAUCAGCUAUCUACUCAAGGCAACACUCUGUGCCAGAUCCACCAAACCCGAAUCAUACAACACCUGGUUCAAGCGAUCCAGCAACUCACCAUCACUCACCACCACCACCCUCGAGCUCGAGAUCCCCCGUUAUGAGCUACUACCAGCCUGGCCGAUCUAUCAAAGACCUGCAUCAGAAACCACCUCGCUCCUCGGCCUAUCCAUCAAGAUCACCAACGAUCGAUCGGCCGUCGGACCAGGAGAUCAGAUCAAAUCCAAGAUCGAAAUCGAAAGCUCUAAUAUCCAUCCGAUCAAACUCAUCAAAUUCGAAUUGAACCUCACCGAGAAAGUCAUCUAUCGAUCCAACCCACUCACAGUUGAGGAUAACAACAAGGAUGUCCAACAAGCCGAGCAGAAAAUCACCCACAUCUCAACCCUCCAGGCUAAGAUCAAUCACCACGUCUUCCAGAAGGAUAAACUCUCCUUUGACAUGCACAUCGGCCUACCCCACAACCAUCUCAAACUCACCGUCUCAACUGCAAGCCAUCUCUCGAUCGAAUACUAUCUCUCACUCAAGGCCUACUUCGAAUCUCCCAGAAAACACUUUGCCAAGACCAAUAAGGAGAUCCCAACUCAACUGACUAUCGAGAAACUACCAGUGAUCGUCGGGGAUAGGAACCUAGCUCAGGCUCAACUCGCAGUCGAUCAGAUCGGACCAGUCCCACAUCUAUCACAUCCGACAAACGAUCUAUCAUCACCACCACCAUCACCAUCAGCAUUACUUCAGAAUGCUAUCCCCCCUCAGCCCCCAUCACAACAACAACGAUCAUCAUCCUAUGGAGCUCAAGACUGGAAACACUCUCAAUGGGCUCAGAACCAUCCUCGAAGCCAAUUACCUCCGAGGACAUCCUUACAAACCUUACCCAAGGUGCUCGCUGACCCAACCCACCAUCACCAGCAGAACCUUCGACGGUCCUUCCAAGGCCAACUACCUUAUGCUAUCCCACUCGGCCUCUCUCAACCCGGCCGACCUCACAAGUUCUCCUCAAGCUCGAACCCCUUCACCGGACUCUCUGGCAAUGUUCCACCCCUGCCAACUCGCCAACCUACUACCAGCCUACAAGCUCAGAGCCCCCCCAUCCGCUCCCCACUCAAGGAGAUUUUCCUCCAACCUACCUGCGCUCCCGAGCUGAGUCCCACUAGCCAAGAUUUCUAUCCAUCUUCCGAGCUUCAAACACCUACUCGACAACCUUCCUACCCUCACCACCCCACUCAACUCGUCCGGUCACUCUCUAGUCCAAACUCAGAGACCCCCCAUCAAUCAUCCUCCUCCUCUCAUCCUACCAACAUCCACCCCACUAGCUUUGGGAGCGGGGACGAGAAAGCCAGAUUGUUUGCUCGAGCCAAGGCUGAGGCUGCCAUGAAUCAAGCCCGGCUCCAUCACGCCACCUUCUCCUCCCUGUGUCCUCCUCAUUUGGGGUCGGCUGAACCAGCGGCCGGAGAAGGCUCUUCAUCCCACUAUACUAACCCGACUUAUCAUCCAACGAACCGCGAGUUGGAAGCUCAGAUGCCCAGGAACUCGAUCCAGAACUAUCAUCCCCUCGACACUCGCUUCAAAAGCUUGACCAACUUGGCCAUCCACGAAGAAGGUCUUUCCGAGGUCGCAACUAUCGCUACCUUGCCCCAGUACCACCCCUCUUCCAAUCAUUCAGACCAUCACCUCAUCCAAUCCGACCAAGAUCAUCAUCCGCGUCGGUUCUCCUCUUCCCGUCUCUACGACCUUCCUCCCCCAAAUCUCUCUUCCUCUCAGGAAAUGGAUCGUCGCUCUUCAUCACCGCCCCCACCCCCGGUGAAUCUGAGGACGCGACCAUCGAUAGUCAACGGGAAGAGUCGAGCAGAGGGGCUGAUCGAGCAUGAUCGACUGAACCUAUCAUCGUCGUCUUCCUGUCCGAUCAAUCCCAGAGUGUCUAGAAGUGUACCACCAGCGGUGAUCGAAUCACCACCACCGACAUUGAUCGAUCCGCAAAGAGAGGCCUAUCUUAAGGCGGUGGCCGAACGAGAACGGUUCUUUAUGAACUCAACUCAUGAUGAUGCUUCUUAUCGUAAUGAUGACCAUUUUAGAGCCUAUGAGGUCGAAACUAAUCUGCCCACCCAUGUGCUCUCAGCCCUUGAAGAGAAAAAUCGACUCCGUCAUCUCUGGAUGGCCUCCCUUGACCCUUCCUCCAAUCCUGCUCCACCUCCUUUUCAUUAUCCUUCUCAUUCGUUUGCCACUGUCUCCUCUUCCUCUUCUUCUCCCUUCCACACUCAUCACUCUCUUCCUCCUCCUCCUCCUCCUCCGGCUGAUCAGCCUGUCCCCAAUUCUGACUUCAUCUCACUUCACAAAAAGGCCUCGGAUGGUUUCGAUGCCCGUGAUGCUUCACAAACUGUUCAACCGGUGUCCGAUGAUGAUGAUGAUGACACCGAGCAACAGAAGAAUGAUAACCCAGGACAACAACAACAACACGAAGCAGAAGAAGAAAGGAGCGACGAAUCGGUUCAAGAUAAUUGUUCAGCUGUUGCGCCGCUGACAGCUCCAUCGCCCAUCGAGAGCUUCUUGCCCGACUUAUCAUUCGACAACACUCGGCUUGACAUCGAUCAUACGCUCCUUAGUACUCAGAGAUCCUCCUCCUCCUCUUCUUCUUCUCACGUGCUUGAUCAGGAGAGUGAGAAGUCGAGUGGGAGGUUUGUAUAUGAUAGACCGGCGCGGUCGGUGGGCCCUCGAAAGCCACUCGAGCGAUUACACGAAGAAGGACGAUCCGAUGUUUUGUCUACCGUCAAGGCCGCCCGUCCUAGCUCACUCUCCACACUCUUCAACCAGUCUAAAGAUCUCCCGCCUCAUCUGGCUGAUCACCUCCAUUCGCCCCCUCCACAACUUCCACCCUCUUCCUACCACCACUCUCGUUUCUUGGACACUCUUCCUUCGCUUCCAGGGCCUCAAUCUUUCUCUACUCCGGCUCUUGAUCCUCCCACUCCCACUCCCACUCCUCCUCCUCCUCCUCCUCCUCCUUCUUCUUCUUCUGAUAAUAAUAAUCUUAAUCUUAAUCGUAAACCGCCCCAAGUCCCGCCUAAAAUUCCGAUCUGA